AUGCGUGAAAAUCAUCCAUACUUCGAUCGCCCGUUGUUCCUCAUUGGAAGAGCGUCUCGAUUACGAGAAUUCUGCAAAAAAGUUGUUCAUUCGCGGUAUAACUGUCAAGAUGAUGGUACUAAUGGUGGAGUGAAAACAAAGCGACGCUUCAAAGAGAUACGCACACUCAUCGGAAUUAUGCCUUAUUUGGAUUGGGGUAUGGUAACAAUAACGAUACUGUCGUGUAUUUCGAUGUUGUUCGAGAGCCCAUGGCCUACCACCGGUGAAAACCUCGUCAUGAAUAAUCUCUACCUGCAG